AUGUCCAAGCCCGAUACCAAGGAGCAACUCGAGCAUCUCGAGGAUGCCGGCUCCAACUCUAUCCAGGAGGUCAACAUCGAUGACCUCGACUCCAUUGAGCAGACCAAGACUGGCAAAUACUCUUGGCUUGUCAGUAUCACCGCUGCCAUCGGAGGUAUGCUCUUCGGUUACGAUACUGGCAUCAUCAGCGCUGUCCUUGUUUACCUCAAUCAAGAUCUGGGCAAGACUCUCACUUCUCAAGAGAAAGAGCUUAUCACAUCAGUUACCUCUGGUGGUGCCUUCGUUGGAGCCAUCUUUGCAGGAGCUACUGCCGAUCGAUACGGCCGAAAGGUGGCGAUCUAUGUUGGUUGCGUUCUCUUCACCAUUGGUGCUAUUAUUCAAGCCGCGUCUUUCUCCGUUGCUCAAAUGACCGUUGGACGUAUCGUGGUCGGGUUCGGAGUGGGAAGUGCAGCGAUGAUAAUUCCUCUAUAUAUCGCCGAGGUGUCUCCCGCCAAGUAUCGAGGACGCAUGAUUGGCCUCGACAAUAUGUCUAUCACAGGUGGACAGCUUCUCUCAUAUGGCGUCGGAGCUGCUUUUGCUCAUGUUUCUGGAGGCUGGCGAUAUAUGGUUGGUGGUGGUGCUCUCCCUGCCAUCCUCCUCGGAGCGCUUCUACCCUUCUGCCCCGAGUCUCCCCGUCAACUCAUCUACCACGGAAAGGCUGAAGAAGCCGCCGUAGUUAUACGUCGAAUUUUUCCUAACGGAAGUGAGCAGCAAAUUCAGGAUAAGAUCCGUCUCCUCACUCAUCAUGUCAACGAGGCCAAGUCGCUCAACGCUGGAAAAUCCGGGUGGUGGGUUUUCAAGCAACUAUAUGUCAAGCCUGAAAACUUCCGCGCUCUGGUCUCUGCUUGUGGUCUAAUGGCUAUUUCCCAGCUCAGCGGUUUCAAUUCUCUCAUGUACUACUCGCCUCUGCUGUUCUCUCUUGUCGGCUUCUCGAACCCCGUCGCUGUCGGUACUGUCAUUGCUGGAACCAACUUCAUUUUUACCUGGGUCAACCUGAUGCUUGUCGAUCGUGCUGGCCGCAGAAGAAUCUUACUCUUCACUGUUCCUUUUAUGGGUCUUGCCCUUGUCGUUGCCGCUGCCUGCUUCAAGUUCAUCCCCAUCAACCACGACCUCACCUUGGCAUCCGAUGCUGAGAUCGGCUGGCCUGCUAUUGUUGUCCUUGUUAGCAUGGUUAUCUUCGUGGGCUUCUAUUCAAGUGGUAUAGGUAACACUGCUUGGCUGUCGAGCGAAUUCUUCCCCAUGGAGGUGCGGGCUAUGGGAACCAUGAUGCUCACCAUGACUUGCUGGGGCUCCAACAUCAUCGUUGCCUCCACCUUCCUCACUCAGAUGGAGAACACUACUCCUUCAGGUGCCUUUGGCUUCUACGCUGCCAUCUGUAUUCUCGGCUGGUUCUGUAUCUACUUCUGUUACCCCGAGGUCAAGAAUAUGACCCUUGAAGACAUCCGCCAGGUCUUUUUGCAUGGAUUCGGUGUGCAAAAGGCGAGAGAGAUGCAGAAGGAGAUGAAGCUGAUGAACAAGUCAACUUCAUCUGAAACAAUUACCAAGGUUUAA